AUCAAAUCCGUGCAGCGGAUUGAUAUAAAUCGAAGCGAGAUUGGAUGUUUAUUUGCUAGAAUUGAAUCUCAGUUAUUAUAUCAUUAAUAUGCCAUGUAAUGUAAGUAUUUAAACAAGCUAGUUUGACAUAAGUUAACAUGAAUGAAUGACAUCUAUGACAUUGUUACUAGGUUUCGAAGGCAUUUUAAUAGAGAGGAAAUGGGCGAGGAGUUAAAGUCGGUGAGUCGGGAGGUGAAUUAUAAUACAUAUUUAUCCAAAACGGCCGUGACUGAUGCUGAGGUGUGUCUUGAGCAUCAAACCUCGCCGCCGGUAACGCGUUUAUAUAAGAAGAGAUGGAUCAUAGUGUGUUUAUUCAGCUCAUACUCGCUGUGUAACUCAUAUCAGUGGAUUCAAUACGGGAUCAUCAACAAUAUAUUCAUGCGCUUCUAUAGCGUGGACUCUUUCACCAUUGACUGGAUGUCCAUGAUUUACAUGUUAACGUACAUUCCGCUCAUUUUUCCCGUCUCGUGGCUCUUGGAUAAAAAAGGUCUGCGGGUCAUCGCGCUCGUUGCCGCUGCACUGAACUGCGCAGGCACGUGGAUCAAGGUGGCCAGUGCAAGACCGGACCUUUUUCCCGUGACAUUUCUGGGUCAGUUAACUUGCUCCGUGGCCCAGGUGUUCAUCCUCGGGAUGCCCUCGCGCAUCGCGUCGGUGUGGUUCGGUUCGGAUGAGGUGUCCACUGCGUGUUCCAUCGGGGUCUUCGGAAAUCAGUUAGGGGUCGCCAUUGGCUUUCUUGUUCCACCAAUCCUGGUUCCAAAUGUGGAUGAUCUGGACAAGUUGGCGGGUCACAUACGAGUCAUGUUCUACAUCCCAGCGGGCGUGGCUACCUUCCUGUUUGUUCUGGUUGUCAUUGUGUUUCAGGACCGUCCGGAGGUCCCUCCCACUCACGCCCAGGCUGUGGCUCGUCAGAUCUCUCCGGAAAGCUACUCAUACACAGCCUCCAUACUCCGAUUGCUUCGCAACAAAGCUUUCAUCCUACUCGUCAUCAGUUAUGGACUGAACGUUGGUUGUUUCUAUGCUGUCGGUACACUUCUCAACCGAAUGAUCAUCGAACACUAUCACGGAGAGGAAGUGAACGUGGGCAGGAUCGGCCUCACCAUUGUAACCGCUGGCAUGGUGGGUUCCCUCAUCUGUGGGAUCUGGUUAGACCGAUCCAAAACAUACAAACAGACCACUCUAGCUGUGUAUCUCAUGUCCCUUCUGGGUCUGUUGCUUUAUGCUUUUACUUUGGAUCUGGGACACCUGUGGGUGGUUUUCAUCACAGCGGGAAGCCUCGGAUUCUUCAUGACGGGUUAUCUGCCCCUUGGCUUUGAGUUUGCUGUGGAACUCACUUACCCAGAGUCUGAGGGAACAUCAUCAGGUCUUCUGAACUGUUCCGCACAGGUAUUUGGGAUCAUAUUCACAAUCUGUCAGGGGAAAAUGAUGGACUCGUUUAACACUCUAGCUGGAAAUCUCUUCCUGUGUGUUUUCCUUCUGAUAGGAACCAUUAUGACAGGCUGUAUUAAGUCAGAUCUGCGCAGACAGUUGGCAAACCAGCAAGCACUGACAGCUGACCCUUUGGAAAGAUCAACUGCACCUUCUGUUGUAGCUGAAGCCAAACUCUAACGCACUUGCACAUCGUUCUGUCAGAUAAUGUGAAUUCAGAAUGGAUCGUAUUUAGUAUUUCACACUUUUUUCUUUAUAGUUUGUAACUUGCCUUCAAUGUCAAGAGUGAAGCUAAAA